AUGGAUCUAUCAAACUCUGCCGGCUCCUCUGGAGCAAGCAAACCGAACCAGAGUCUUAUUGACUUGGGAACAUUCUUCGUGGACUCCGAUAUAAUUUUUGGAUUUACAAGUCAUCUUUUAAGAAGAAAAGCCAAGAUUGAGGGCUGUCCCGGCAGAGAGGCUUCACCCACUCUCGAACCCAGUUCGAGGAAAAGAACUCACUCUGCGGAAGAUUCACGAUGCGCCAGCCGACCACCCCCGGAGGGCGCAGGAUCGGUUACCAUCUCCGAAUCAGACACAGAGGACUGCAAGGCAAACUUGUGCAGACAGUGUCUUAGCAAAGUUUCAGAGCUGAAGAAACAAGCGCUGGCCCUCGCCGAUCCAGCGUCACUAAAGGACCCUGGUUUUGCGGCCUUUCUGUUCGACCAACUCCAGGUGCCCGAUUGGCCGGUAAAAAGUGGUCACGAGGGUAUUCGAUGCCAGGUCUGUGCCACACCGAUUCAACAGCUAAGGCAGCAGGCUCUACAGGGUCUUUGUCCAGACACCAACAUACCACCUCCCAACACCUUCCCAGGGCAUGGUCCUAGGUUCACCGCCCACAGUGUGGUCACACUGUCCUCCAGAAACCCCCCGUCGAGGAUCCCCCACCCUUCACAGAGUGUAAUGGCUGUGGGGGAUAAGAGAAGAGGGCUAGGAUGGAGUCAGGGUGGACCCUCCAGCAUAGGCCCAAAGCCCAGUGUCCAGGUGACUGUUGGGGGUGGACCUCUGACUGGAGCACUGAGUUCAGUGACCAUUCAGGCCCAGCAGUAUCUGGAGGGCAUGUGGAGUAUCUCGCGCGUCAACAACUUCCUGCCGCAGCCUGGCCCGACUCAGGGGCUGGCGGAUGAGUCUUCUCCAGUCACAGAUCUCCUGUCGUCAGACACUGCUGUGUCUAGAGUGUCCCUGGCUCCAUCCCGACAGAGAGGUCACAUUCAGUUUGGACCUCCACCGCCUCCCACCUCCAAUCAGGGUGCCUCUGCUGCAGCCUCCUUCUUCAUCAGGGCAGCCCAGAAGCUCAAUCUCUCAUCGAAACGGAAGAAGAACCAGCCACCGCUGCUACAUCCACAGGAGCCCUCCAUUUAUCCCACCAAUUUCAGCGGCAUUCUCCAGGUCUCACCCCCUCCUGCACCACCAUGCCUGCUCCGUGCUGGGUCCAAGGUCAAGGAAAAUCCAGGAAUGGGAAAGGUGAAGGUGAUGAUGCGAAUCUGUCCAUCCCAGGGGGUUCAGGACUCCUCAGAGUCCAUGUCCUUCUUGAAGGUGGACCCACGUAAGAAACAACUGACCCUCUACGACCCCUCACUCAAUGCACAGCCUACUUCUCCCCACAGACGUGCUGCGCUGGCCGCCCCAAAGAUGUUUGCCUUCGACGCAGUCUUCACACAAGAUGCCUCACAAGCAGAAAUUUGCUCAGGGACAGUGGCUGAGGUGAUCCAGUCCGUGGUGAAUGGAGCAGAUGGAUGCAUUUUCUGCUUUGGUCAUGUAAAACUUGGCAAGACAUACACCAUGAUUGGUAGGGAUAGCUCAACCCAGAGUUUGGGUGUCAUUCCUUGUGCCAUUUCCUGGCUCUUCAAACUCAUCAACGAACGCAAGGAGAAGACCGGCACGCGAUUCUCUAUCCGUGUGUCGGCUGUAGAGAUCUGUGGGAAAGAGGAAACCCUGCAGGACCUCCUCUCUGAUGUCUCCACUGGCAGUCUGCAGGACGGUCAGUCCCCAGGGGUCUACCUGAGGGAAGACCCCAUAUGUGGCACUCAGCUCCAGAAUCAGAGUGAGUUACGGGCCCCUACGGCAGAGAAGGCAGCACUGUUUCUGGAUGCAGCAAUUGCUGCACGCAGUACCAGUCGGCCUGACGCUGAUGAAGAGGACCGACGUAACUCACACAUGCUCUUCACCCUCCACAUCUACCAGUACCGCAUGGAGAAGAGUGGGAAAGGUGGAAUGUCUGGUGGUAGGAGCAGACUGCACCUCAUCGACCUGGGGAGUUGUGAGAAGGUGUUAAGUAAGAGUCGGGAUGGUGGAGGGGGUCUUUGUCUGUCACUUACAGCCUUAGGCAAUGUCAUCCUGGCUUUGGCCAAUGGAGCUAAACACGUACCAUACCGGGACAGUAAACUGACCAUGCUGUUGCGGGAAUCACUUGGGAACAUCAACUGUAGGACGACCAUGAUUGCUCAUAUAUCUGACUCUCCAGCUAAUUAUGCAGAGUCCCUUAGUACCAUACAACUGGCUUCCCGAAUCCACCGUAUGAGGAAGAAGAAAUCAAAGUAUGCUUCCAGUUCGUCUGGAGGGGAGAGCUCCUGUGAGGAGGGAAGGAUACGCCGACCACCACAUUUAAGACCUUUCCAUCCUCGGACAGUAGCCUUGGACCCUGACCUCCCCUCACUGCUCAGUGAUCCAGACUACUCUUCCAGCAGUGAGCAGUCGUGUGACACUGUUAUUUAUGUUGGUCCUGGUGGUGCAGCCUUAUCUGACCGAGAGCUCAGUGACAAUGAAGGCCCACCAGCUUUUGUUCCCAUCAUUCCCUCCCUGAAUAGAAAACACAGAGGGAAAGUAGGCCAGGUUGACCAUGACCACUUCAAAUGUAACACGUUUGCUGAACUGCAGGAACGACUUGAGUGCAUUGAUGGGAGUGAGGAACCAACAGCUUUUGUUGGGGAAGCCAAGGGAAGUCAGUCAUGCCUCAAGCCAGACAGUAGUACAAAUAAGCCCAAAGAAGGGGCUACCUCCCUCUCAGUUUCUCCAAAGACGCCAACCAAAGCGUUCUCUUCUUUGCAGGCCACUGCAUCCCCCAAGCAAUCCCACUGUAUAGUCAAUAGCCUGUCCAGCAGCCCCCAUCUCAAGUCCAAACUAGAACAUUCCAAAUGGCAAAAUGCCAUUGGUUCUGAGAGAGAAGCCUCUGAUAAUAAUGUGUGCAGGACAAAUGCAGAUGGUGAAAAACUACAGCAGUCAAACAGCUCAGUACAUUGCAGCCCGGGAAAACAAGGCCGAUCAACACCAACACAAAUCUCUGAGCCCGUGGUGCGAGAGAAGACCUUCCUCAACAAAAAAUCAUUACCCAAACCUGCUCCCCCACCACCGCAGGAAAAAGAAUUCAACAGGAACAAUGGCUGUUCUGAAGAAAGCUGUGCUACGAGAAUGCCACCUGUAGGAAUGAGUCAUCAAGCCCAGAAACGAGGGGAGUCAAAUGCGAACUCCCCUGUCUUGAGUCGGUCUCAUCAGAUGAGUUCCAGAGCCCCUGUGGAGGUGUGCCAGAUAAGGUCCACCCUCAGAGAACGAUGUCUGGACAGAGACAUCUUAAGGACUACAGUAACUCUCCAGCAACCAGUAGAGUUAAAUGGAGAAGAUGAGCUUGUGUUCACCCUUGUGGAAGAACUCUCUAUUGGAAGCAUUGUUGAUAAUGGGAGGCCCUCUAGUAUCAUCAGCUUCAACAGUGACUGCUCCUUGCAGGCCCUUGCCUCAGGGUCCCGGCCAGUAAGCAUUAUCAGCAGUAUCAAUGAUGAGUUUGAUGCUUACACAUCCUCUGUUGGUGCAUCUGAAAUGAACAUUGAGAUGGUUGCACCAUUGCAGGAGGAAGCUUUUGUGGGCAGCAGUGGUUCCUCAGUUAGCUCUUGGCUCAGUGAAGUUAGUGUGUGCACUAUGGAGAGUGAGGGGACCCAAUCUGCUGAUGUAUUUCUACCACAUGGAGCGCAUAUUGGCCUGGAGAGGUCCUUAUGCCUUGACUCCCUUGGCAUGUUACAUAGUAACCCCCUCAAGGAGCCCAAGAGCUCACUGAAUGACAGUGGCUUCUGCUUCUCUGAGUUAGAUAGUGACAGCGCCACCUCAAGCAAACUUUCUCUGAGCAAGUGUCCUUCAUCCCCAGAAUCUACUAAAGCUUCUGCCAGAGAUUCACCAAAAAUAGCAAAAGCUAACACUCUGAAUGGAUCCCAGCCCCAACCCUUACAAGACCCUCAUGGUAUACACUCCAGUCUUCCCAGAAAACUGAAAUCUACCUCAUCCACAGCCCAGAGUAGUAGCAACAGUGGGAACAACAGUACCAGCUGGAGACAAGAGUCUCAGAGACAAGAGGGUAAGCCAGACAACCCCUGGCAACGGAUAACAAGCCUCUCUGAGUCUCCUGUGCCAUCCAGUUCAAAUCCCUCUUUUAAGCUAGUGAAAAAUGGAGUGAGUGGCAUACCCUCCAAAAAAACAAGCCUGAAUAGCAACAGUGUACCUCGGAUGCCCAAAACGCAGGGACCUAACUCAUCUCAAAGGGUGGUGGAUGGAUGCGAAAAAUCAAGCAGUAAUAAGAGAGUUGAGGCUCCCACCAAAAUGCCACAGCUUAGACGAGGUGCAACUACACUUGGAACUGUCCCUGUGAUACAUGCAUCUGCAGAUGCCAAGGACAGUCAAGAUACUGGCUCAUUAACAGGGAGUCUUAAAUUCUCCUCUCUGGGCAAGAACGGAAAGGCUAAUAGACAGGAUGGCAGUAUGUUGCCAAAACCUGGCAGCAGCAUAUCACCCCCUCCACCUCCACCAGUACGCAAGUCCAGUCUGGAUCAGAAGAACAGGAUUCUGUUGCCUCCAAGUGCCUUAAAGUUGGCAUAUGAUGCAGGAAAAUCCUCAACACCUAGAGGAACAGGGUCAGAGGAUGAAAUUGAACUCCGGUACAGAGGAGAGUCCAACAGCCUCAAAACAUCAAGCUUGAGGACAGACCACAGCUUAGUGAAAUCAACUUCCAGUCUCAAGGCAAGAGGAACAAGAGGUGAUUGUGGGCAGAUGUAUGGCAGUCAGAUGUCUCUGGAAAGAUGCGACAGUUUGUCAUCCUUGGGAUCAAAGCCAGUACUUAGUCGAGAGAACAGUGGGGCCAGCCUCAAUGGAACUGGAAAGGCAAGCAGGCCUGUUGCACGGUUUGGAACACCAGUUGCUACCUCUUCUCCCAUCGCUAGUUCCCCACCUUCUUGUAUUAGCCCAGGUAAUUUUCCUGGUAAAAAUGGUCUGGUCAAAGGGGGCUUAAGUACUCGACCACCGGUUGUCAGUGGCAACAAGGCUCGCACACUAUCUACUGGCACUUCUAAAGCCCUAAACUCUUCCACCAAAUCUCUUGCAGCACCCACAACAAGAAAUGCCAAUCUCCCGCCAUCCGGAAAGGCAGCUGUAACUCGAGCAACAACAGGAGGAAAUUGUAAACCUACAAGGGGCACAAUAAUGGGUACUAAGCAAGCCAUACGGGCUGCCAACAGCCGAGUUACGGAGCUUGUAUCAGGAAGUCCAUCUGGUAAAAACUUAAGAGGAUCAGGAGAUUCAGACAGUGGCAACGACAGUGGAGUUCACAUCAGUGAUGACAAGCCCACCCCCAUUCCCAUAUUGCCCUCUCCCUACAGUAAGAUCACAGCACCCAGACGGCCUCAGCGGUAUAGUAGUGGUCACGGAAGUGAUAACAGCAGUGUCCUGAGUGGUGAGUUGCCUCCUGCCAUGGGACGAACUGCUCUUUUCUACCACAGUGGAGGGAGCAGUGGGUAUGAGAGCAUGAUCCGAGACAGUGAGGCGACUGGCAGUGCUUCAUCAGCCCAUGACUCUAUGAGUGAAAGUGGGAUGUCUUCCUCUGGACGUACAAGGAGCUCCAAAGUACCCAAGAAGAGGUCAAAUGGACUCCAGAGGAGACGUCUCAUUCCUGCUCCUCUCCCAGAUACCUCAUCUCUAGGGAAGAAGACUGGUGCCACAGGCCAGUGGGUAGACUUGCCUCCUAUGUCAGGUCCACUUAAGGAACCUUUUGAGAUCAAGGUGUAUGAGAUUGACGACGUAGAACGGCUACAAAGACGAAGACAGGAGGAAACAACUGAGGGUCUGUUGUAUUUUAACUCCAAGCUUAAGGUGUUGGAGAGGCGGCAACAGCGAAUAAGGGAGCUGAGAAUAAAACAUGAGGCUCUGAAGGAUGAGCUGGAGGACACUAAGUCAAGGCUGAUGAUGAAUCCCAGCAAGUGGUUAGGAGAAUUUGAAGUUGAACCAGAUUUGGACAAGGAAUCGCAGGAAUACCUGGAGGCCCUGGAGCAGGUCACAGGUGAACUGGAGUACUGUGUCAACCUAUGCAAGUCCCGUGUCAUGAUGGUUACCUGCUUCGACAUCCGAGUACCGUCCGAUCUACAAGAGGGACUGCGAGAGGUGGAAGUGUGA